AUGGCCGCCAUCAAGCCCAUCCAAGGAAUGCUCAAGCGCGGUCUUGUCACUGAUCUCGCAAUUGCUCUCGGUAUCGGAGCGACCAUGGGAAGCCUCUUCUGGCACGGAUUCCACAUGCCCCGCACCUUCGCGCGCGACAACUUCUACAGCCAAAUCGAGAAGGAGCGCGCAGAGAAGCAGGGACAGUAA